AUGCACAAACAAGUACGAGUAUCCCGAUCAGCAUGGAUUGAGAUACAGAAGGAGCCGGACUGCGCGUGCAACGCCUCUAAAGCGUUAAUCCGCAACCCGAACGGGAAGUCUAGUCUUUAUGAGAUUGCACAUCUUCCCACCUCUGGGAGUACUAUCAGCUUCAACCCUACCGCGGUCCCGACCCUUACUUCUACCAAUAACCAAAAUCCGGACUCAACCACCGAGACGUCUUCUUCCACGGCUUCACCCACACCCACCUCGAAUGCUUCACAGGAAGAAUCGUCAAAUACGAAAGUAAUCAUUGGCGUGACCGUUGGGGUGGGUGUCCCCCUAUUGGCAGCAUUAAUAUUCCUCGCAAUUUUCCUUCGGCGCAGGAAGCUCGUAACAAAAGCAGCGGCAUCAGCGAUUAACACAGAGCCUCAGGAUGAAGCACCACGUCAAGACCAGCAACCUGUCACCGCGCAAGAAAUCCACGAUGAUCAAGGCUCUAUUAAGCCUGUAAACACCGCUAGCCCCGAAUCGCCCCAGCCAGCCUCCUCGUGGUAUGGGUACAAAUCCGAACUAGACGCUACUUCGGCUCAAAAGCCUGAGCUCGCUGGAGACGAGCCAGGAACAUUCAGCACGUCCAGCUGGAACUCUGGUACUCUCGAUAGCCACCAAAUAUCAGAGCUGUCAAGUCACGAUGCUGUUACAAGUGCGACAAGAGAGAAUUCUUAA